AUGUCUGGAAGAGGGAAACAGGGCGGCAAGGCUCGUGCCAAAGCGAAGACCCGGUCUUCCCGCGCCGGCCUCCAAUUCCCCGUGGGCCGUGUACAUCGCCUACUCCGCAAGGGUAAUUAUGCUGAGAGAGUCGGGGCUGGCGCCCCCGUUUACCUGGCUGCGGUGCUGGAGUAUCUGACCGCUGAGAUACUGGAGCUGGCGGGUAACGCAGCCCGUGACAACAAGAAGACGCGCAUCAUCCCGCGCCACCUGCAGCUGGCCAUCCGCAACGACGAGGAACUCAACAAGCUGCUGGGCAAAGUCACCAUCGCACAGGGUGGUGUCUUGCCCAACAUCCAGGCCGUGCUGCUGCCCAAGAAAACCGAGAGCCACCACAAGGCCAAGUAAGGAAAAAGUUUGGAAACUCGGAAAAACAACGGCUCUUUUCA